AUGGAAAGGAUUACGUUUCUAUUACUUCUUCUCUUUGCUUCGUUUCUCACAUCUUCGGGAAAAACAAUUCAUCCCUUGAGGCAAGGUGAAGCCAAAAGAAAAAUCGAAACUGAGAAAGUGGAUUUCGAGAGCUACAUCAAUUCUAAAAGGCAGGAAGUAAGACCAAUUGAACCUGGCUACAGACGUCAAUAUUUUAAAAGAAAGAGCGGGAAAGAAGAAAGCGCAACCGGUCCAAAAGAGCAAAGACGUUGUUUCUGUGGGAUUCCUCAAGGCUUUAGUUGCCCAGACGGAUUCCUUACGACGCAGAUCCAUUGGAAUGACGCGCCUCUGGCCGGUUCACCUGUGCCUCCUAAUCUUCCGGCAGAGGGUCCACCUUUUGACGUUGGAGAUGAAUGGGCUUGGCUUCAGGAUGCUUAUGAUGGUUAUCUACAACAUGAUGUUUAUGGCUGGAGUUGGAAAGAAAGGUUAAAUGAUAAUGUUCAAGUGGGACCUCAGCUUGGUGCCAGUCCGCGCAUGCAACAAGGGUGGUGUUGUUGCGGGGAACCAAACAACAAAGCAUCCGAUGCUAUGGAGCCUGACAAAAAGCCGACGCAACAAAAGGAGAAAGAUGCUGACCACAUAAUAAUAAAUAUUGCCUGA